ACAAGUGCAAGACUCAGAGAGGACUCUUUGGAAGAAAUGCUUCUUCUCCCAUCAGGUAUCUUCUGGACAUAAAGUGGAAUAUAUAUCUGGAAGGCUGCAGGAAGUAUUACUAACGUGGGAGAGGACAACGCUUUUUCAGCGGACUGAAAGGUGGAAGCAGAGGAGGGCAGAGGUGUACUACAUGGGGGCCCGCAGCCAGCACUGAUGGCAGGAGGCACUCAGAGCACACUGAGCUCUAAUUACAUCCUAUAGGAGCCUCAGAGGUGAUACGGUUCACGUGGAAACACUGAAAAGGUUGUGCGCCGAUGAGGUCGUCCAUGCUGGUCCUGUUGCUCUUCCUGAGUGUUCAGGCUGUGGCGGCCAUCACCCGGGGGUCAUCCAGAGCCACAGCGGUAAACCAAAGCCCCAACUCCAUCCCCAUUGUGGACCCAAAGCUCUUCACCAAGCGCAGAUACCACUCACCCAGAGUGCUCUUCAGCGCUCAUCCCCCUGAUGCAGAACCAUCUGAGCCACAAAGAGCCAACAGGAGGAACCGCAGGCAAGCAGAGGAGCCGCGGCAGGAGCACCGGGGAGAAUACUCAGUGUGUGACAGUGUUAGUGUCUGGGUGGGCAACAAGACUAAAGCCACGGACAUCUUAGGCAAUGAAGUCACUGUUCUCCCAGACGUGAACAUCAACAAUGUCAAAAAGAAGCAGUACUUCUUUGAGACGACGUGUAACACCCCUCUUUCGGGAAGGUCGAGCUGUUUAGGAAUCGAUGCGAGACACUGGAAUUCCUACUGCACCAACUCGCACACUUUUGUCCGGGCGCUCACUUCAUUCAAGAACCUGGUGGCGUGGAGGCUCAUACGCAUCAAUGUGGCGUGUGUGUGUGUGCUCAGCCGGAAGUCCUGGCGGCCCUGAAGACUUUUCCUGCACAGACAUAUGCAUAUAUUGUAAAUACACAGACACGUUAACAUGCAAACAGUUGUGUCUGCAUAAAUUAUCACCAAAGACCUCACUCUCUGCACAAAAUAAAUUAUUGCUAUAUGUUUAAGUAUAUUGACUGUAUGUGUAGAUGCAUCAGGCUUGGGUCAAAGAGUAUCUGGAGCUGCUGUGAGGAGAUUUGGUUUUUCAUCUGUUGCAAGUAUUACCGUAAUCUUCUGUAGGUGUAUAGGCAUCUUUUUUUCUAUGGUUUACAACAGAGUUUAAGAUUUCUCUUCUUAUUGCUUAGCUUAUGUUUAUGUCCAAAAAUGCUCUCAGAUGUCAAUGUCAACGAUUAUGGAGUUUUUUAUAUGGUAUGCUUAGGAGAAACUUUAACAUUUUUGCAUGUUUUGAACUAAAUGGAUCCAAAAGUUACGCAUUUUAUUUGCUUACAAGAGGACAUUAGAACCUCCAAAAAGAAGGAUAUCUUGUUUUCUAAAGUGUUUUUUUUGUAAGUUUUUGUGCUAACACUUACACACUUAGUCUGACCUGUUUGGAAACUGGUGGGGUUAUCAAGAUGGCUGCAGUUUACAACAAUAGCCACUAUGUUAGUGAAAAAGAUUUUGAGGCAUUAAGCUUUUUUAAACAUGGAAUCCAUUUUUUUUUUACUUUCUUGUCCAGUUACAUUUUUUUUAGAAGAAAAGCAUUCGUAUGUUUUGCCAUAAUGCUACAUACACACCGGGCAUGUGUUGCAUAUUCAAGAAUAAAUGCGAGCUUUUGAACACUGUUUUUAUCAUAUGGUGUUCACACUAGACUGUUUCUACCCAAUACUAGUACAUGUAUUAGUACUACACAGAAGAGCCCUGGUAUGAAAUGCCGAAGUGGCGCAAAUCUCGCGAAACUUGUUCCUGGCUUUUGCCUUCACAGCUCUAUUCUGAUGCAUGAAAGACUUGGUGGUUUUGUUUUCAAUUGGCAUUGAAUGGAUCCGUGUUUUGUAUGUAGAGCCUGAAAACUGACUGCCAGUCCAACUCCAACUAUAUAUUUUUCUGUUGUGAAAUUGUUUUCAGUGGUCUUUUAAUAAUGAUUACGCAGUUUUUAGGGAAAAAUCAAAACCCUGUGUCAUUUUUUAAUACAUUUUCUGCAGAGCAGAGGGAGCUCAUUAGAGAUUUGCCUUUGCCUGUUUUGUAACAAGAUACCAGCUCAGAUGGGGAAGAUAAAGGCGUUAAUGAAUCUAUUUGUCAGCAAGUGGAUGCAUCAGAUUUGUAGCGGAGAAGGGACACUUUGUCCCGCCCAUGUCAGUUGCUGUGUCACAAACAUAGACUGUAAAAACUGUAUUUUUACAGUCUAUGGUCACAAACACCAGCUUUUUUAAACCAUGGGUUUUCAGCUGCUCUCGGUUCAACACAGUUUGAAUAAAUAAAUACUCAGAUCGCAGUCUUAAUCUGAAAUUAUUUUAUAUACGUCCUCCAGCAUGAGAAAUGUGCUACAUGUUAAAAACACCCAAAAAACAAGUUUCAUUGGAGUGGGUCUUUAAAAACUUGCUUAGUGACACGAGUUUUGAACGUGGAAGCCCGAAACACGCAGACAUGUACUUUAAAAUAGACUUUUCAUUGAAAGUGGCCGCUUGAAUGCGCGUCACCGAGGCGUAGGCAGGUGUAAACGUAGCUUCAGUCUUCACAAAGCAGUUUAUUCCAUGUCUACAGACAGUUGCGACAGUUGCCACAGUUACAGUAUUGUUUUAGGCAACUCAUUGAAACUGUAUUCAUUUGUUGUUAUUGUUUUUAAUUUCAAAAACCAACAAAAUGCUGCAUGCUAACUUUCCCUGAACUCUAUGGAGACGUUUACGCUGCCUUUCCAGCAAAUUUUGGUUUUAAGCUUUUCAGAUAUUUUCUGGACUCAGAAAAGCGUUGGGACUCGCAAACACAGCUGCGUCGUAAACUCCAGCUUCCGUAAAUGGAACAAUUUAGUUUACAAGGGCAUGUGACUUGAUUCCAAACAGCACAAACUAAACCUAUGCGGUUACCAGCAGGAGGAGGUAAAGCUUGUGACAGAGCCGCAGCCUCCAGAAUUUAUAGGGCAACACAGUAAGCCACUUGUAAUAUUUUUCUUCCUCACAUAAAACUGUCCUGCAGAACACCACACUUGCUGGGGAAAACGAAUGUAAUCCAGAAACAAUGUGCAAAUACAAUUUGACCCAGGCCUGAUAUAAGCAAACCCUGUGUACAAAUGAUUUUGUUAAUGUUAUUUAUUAAAAUAAUACAAAAUGCA